AUGCCACCGCCGCUGGACUCUUCUGACUUUGAUUUCUCACUUGGUGAGGAUGUGGCCUUCAGCCCCUGUGGCCUGCAGCUGGAGAGCAGUGCCCUGCCGCAGCUGGAGAGCAGUGCCCUGCCGCAGCUGGCCCUGCAAAGCUUGCCUUCCCCCGAGCUCUGCUGGAGGGAUGUGGCAGACCAGCAGGAGAAAGCCCUGGGAGAUGCCCUGGAGGAAAACAGCCAACUUCAGGAGACCCUCAUGCAGAGGCAGGAAGAGCUCACGUCGCUGAGGGAGAGCAAUGUGCAGCUGAAGGAGCUGGCAAGCCAGGCCAGGCAGCUGGCCGCUGUGCUUGACAAGCUGAUGCAGCCGCAGUGCCCCGACGGGGCGGCCCUUCCUCCUCCUCCUCUUCCUCCUCCUCCUCCUCCUGCGGCCGCCGCCGUGGGCACCAUGCUGCGGGAGGUGUCGGAGCGGUGCCGCGCCGCCCUGUGCAGCCUCGGCGGCGGCCCGCAGCCCAAGCGGGCGCGGCGGGCGCCGGCGCUGCGCAGCGCCCCGCAGCCUGGCGUCGGGGCGCCGGAGGCGGGCGGCUGCCUGCGUGCGGCGCUGGGGCAGGCGGGCGCCAUCCGCACGCUCGCCUUCCCGCAGGGCAGCGCCUUCAGCCUGCGCACGGCCGCCGGCGCGUACCGCUUCCGCUGGGUGCCGCGCUGA